GCCACAAUCAAUCAAGGCUCUUAAAAACGUCCCUUUGUCAAAUUGAGAUCGAAUAGUUUCGCGGCAAAUGGGGCAACCCUUUAAAAUCCUGGGUUCUCACAAGUCACAGACGACCUUAAAAAAAUAUGGCCAUGGAUGAAACUCAGGUUAAUAAACGCACAAUAAAGAAACGGAGCCGUCAUCGUAAUAAGAGUUAAUGAGCAGUUCAUCAUGGAAAUCUGAAGAGAACGAAAAUUAAUCGUUGAUUUCGAACUUGUUAAUCAUGGAAAGCACACUAUCAAGUAGGGAGCCAAAUACAUCAUCUAGAAAACUUCACACUGAUUACCAAGAAUUGGAUUCGGAAACUGACUCGAAAUCUGAAGAUAUCGCAAGUGAGGAAGAAAGGAUGAAGAGGAAGAAGAAAGGAAAUCUGAAGCUGUUGCUAAUUCUUGGUAAAAUUGUGGUGCUCAGACAAUUUGACUGUUGAUAUGUGGUACUAUGACCUGAUGGCGGAUUAAUAAAGCUUUCAAAGAGGUCAUCAUAUUAGAACACACUGUAUUUGAUGAUAAGGUACGCCAUUGAAUUUGUGGAUAGUAAGGUGAAUGCUGCUGCAAAUUGAUGUGCGGAAUGCCUUCAAGUUGUAGGUAUUCUUUUUUGCUUUUAUUAUUAUGGCCUUCUUGUUUAAUGUUAAAAUGAUGUUCGUAUAAUAUUGUCUCUUUGGGAUCCUAUAACACCAGGUAUAUCCUGAAUGGACUUGUCAUAGUCGUAAAAUAGCAUGAGGUUAAACGGUGAGCAUUUUUAAAUAUAUUGAAAUGUGAGUAAUUUCUUUUGUUGGCGAGUGGUAAAUAAUAUGAAAAAUGUUCUUGCACAACAAACAUAAGAUGUCAUGUCAUAUAUAAAUGUUGGAAAAAAAUUGUUCUCUAUUUUAGCCACCUUUUGUACAAAUUUUGAGAUUGCUACUGAUAGUAAAAUGUUGCGAGGGAAAAUGUCACUAUAAAGACAGGAGUAUAUUGUUUCAAAUUUUCAAUUCAUUUUAAGCUACAACACGUAUAAAAUUGGCAGUUGUGUAUCCAAUUACAUUAUUGAUUUUUACUGAUAGUAAAAUGUUGUGAGGAGAAAUGCCACUGUAUCCAAAUACAUUAUUGAUUUUUACUAAUAGUAAAAUGUUGUGAGGGGAAAUGUCACUAUAAGGACAUGAUUAUAUUGUUUCAAAUUUUCAAUUCAUUUUAAGACACGUGUAAGAGUGGCAGUUGUGUAUCCAAAUACAUUACUGAUUUUGGAUUGUAAUGUAAUCUUCACCAUAGUGUAAAAAUAAGGCCGCAUCGCAUUGCAUCGGCCGCGUUGUAGAAGUUUUUAAAACAAACCAAUCAAUAUUUUUCUGCGCUGUAAAGGUGUAAAAAAAUACAAUUUGGGCUGUAUCAAGGGAUAUCUUUUGAUGUGACCGAUAUUUAGGCGUUACGAUAAUCGUAUCAUUCUCGUUACUGCAUCACCAUUUUGUUAUCUUGAUUGUGACCAUUACCGCAUUUUUACACUAUGAUACUUACUAAUGACGAUAUAAUGAAUCAUAUUUUUUUGGAAAUAAUGAUUUGCUACCAAUUAUGUAUGUAUUAUAUCCAAUUAAUGGAAAAAAGUCACAUAUACUCUACUACUUUAUGGGAGCUGAAUCAACUAUAUAUAUAGGGGUGAUUCUGAUAAACCAAUAUGAGUAAAUUAUUAUCUUGAGUUUUUGUAACAAAUUUUAGUAUUUCAUUAGUUGCACAAGGAUCACCAAGGGGAGGAGUUUGAAAUUCACUGAGGUUAGACACAAUUCUCUAAUCCAAUACCAUUUGUCUUUCUGUAUCGAUUAUUUUUAUGGUUGUGUCUUUUCUCAACAACCUUGUGUUUUAUGUUUUGUCGCUUAUGCCCUAAUUUUAUUAACAAUUUUUUUGUUUGCAACCCUGAAUUUCAAGACAAUAUCCUUUUGUUAUUCUGGAUUGGAAUUGGGCCAUGUGUUUCGUCGUUGCUUGUUAUUACAUGGUAAAACAAGAACCAUGUUAUCAAGAAAGAUUUAAUAAGAUUUUUUCGACUAAAUCUCUCUUGAAAAACUAAUCAAUCUACUUGUUUAGAAUGUUUAUGUUGGUUGCUUUGCUUGAAUCUACUGCACUGAUUGUAAACAAAGAUUGUUAGGAUGAGAUCCUACUUAGAUUUGUGAAGGCACAUAGGACUAAUGUUUGGAUUUUAGAAUCAUACGAUCUAACAAAUCGAUUAAAACUUGAUAAAACAUAAUCUAAAUAUGAUGAGAGUGAUUAGUAUUCCGAGAUUAAGAAUCCUAAAAUUGCAAAUUGAAUUGCUAAUACUUAAGCAAAUAUUGAAUUGUAAGUUGACAGUCGGUACAUAUACGUGCAUCAACGUUAAUAAACGAAUGUUAAAUUUAUUUAAUUUAUUUAAUUGUAUAAAUUAAUGAAAGAACAAUGAAAAUAUAUUUUAUUAUGUACUUUUAGGGAAGAACAACAAUAAAAAUAUACAAAAGUAAAACUAUUAAUAUUUUAUAUCCUUUUAUUUGUACUUUAGAUACUUCAAUUCCUCUUGGGACUUGGGAACUCUUCAACAUGAGUACAUGUCCGAUCAACUAAUUUAUGGAAAAAUGCAACUUUUUUUCCCAAAAUAAAUUAUUUUUGCCAUGGGAAAAAACUACGGCCAUUGAUGUGUUCACUGAAACGGUUGCGAUGCCGCAGAAACAGAGUAAUAAUGCGAAUCGUGACCGAUAGGGUGUAAAUUUCAAAAACCAAUCACACAAAGGAUGUUUUAGACUUAUAGUUGCAUUUUUGUUGUUGAACUACUAUUAUUAUGCAAUAAUAUGCCCAUAGCUAUUAUGAUUGCAGUAUUCGAGGUGCUUUUGGUGGAUAAUUAAUUAAUACAAUAGUUUUUUUCGAAGUUAAUUAACUUAUCAUUUAAUUAUUAUGUUUAACAACUAAAAUUAUGAGUAAAUAUGAUUUAAGUGAUUUGUAAUAAGUAAUGUUAAUGGGUAUUAAUGGGAUAUCAACGGGGAGACAAAUAAUGAUGAAAUAUCGUUGUAACGGUAAAAUAAUGGACGCUACACGUUAUGUAACGGUCAACACAACGUUUUGACCGUGAAAACUCAUGCACUGUUAUGUAACGAGAUUUGACGUCGCGACAACUCCCAAACAUGUUACGUAACGGAAUUUUUUUUAUUCUGUGAUUGUCAUGCCCAUAUCCAAGUGUCGAGGAUUCGACACGAAUAUUUGAGGUAAAACGAAGAGUUCAAUUAACAAAGCAUUAUCCUUACAUUUUGCUUGCUUAACAUAAGUAUAAAAGCAAACAAGAAAUUAAAAGGAUAAAAAAGCUAGAUUACAUGAUUAGCUUAUGGGAUGAUCGUGUGAUUAUAUUUGAUCGUAGGAUUGUAAGAUUUUACGAUCCGGCCUGUGGUCUUUACAACAUCCAUUUUGAAUUUUAUUUGCACUAAUAAUUUUAAAUGAAAGUGGGCCUUGGUGCACUGUUUCAAGUUUCAUUGAUUGUAGAAUUGCAUUAAGGUUUACGGACAAUACACCUAUGUGGUGGGAUCCUUCCACGGACUCUCACUUUGGGCGGGGACACUUUGUGCAUUGGGUAUGCCUUUUUUAAUACUUUUGUUCCUAUUGACCUGCCCCUCAAUAGUUUAUACUAGUAAACUACCAACCUUGUCCCUUUAUCUCGUAUAAUCAAGUAGGAUCUUAUUUGUUAUAUCUUAAUGCAUUCUUUUUGUAAUGUCAAACUACUUUUAUAAUUUACUAAAAAAGGUUGAAUGAAUUAUUUAAAACAAAUUAUUAGUAGUUUUUGUUAUCCAAUUUUAGAUGCUCCUUUCGUUAAAAGUAUUUUUUUCAUAGGAAUUAUUCUCAAUUUAUGCUUUAGUGGAAAUUCAUUUCGGAAAAAAGUAAGUGUUGAAGUAUGUUAUUUACAUUAGAGAAGCUUUUUCAUAUUUUGUUGGUAGCAAAUCAUGUUAAGAAUCAAUUACAUUGAUGUGUACAUACAUGAACGAUAUGUAUAAUUUACCUCAAUUGAUUGCUUCAUCAAUUAUGCUUCGCAGUUAUCCAUGGUAAAAGAAUUUAGAUGUAAGUUGCAACCUAAUAUUUUGUAUCAAUGGUUUAAAUUUUCCAAAAUCCCUAAGUUUUUUGAUAAACUUUUUUUGCUUCAACUUCUUGUGAAACUUAAUGAGGUUCUCAUAUAUCAAAGUUGUCUACCCUCUUGGAUAAAUGGAUAUACACAUACCAAGUUUCUGAUGAGUAGGUUCGUAAAUUGGUUUAAGCAUGAAAUCAUUAAGUGCUAGAAAACACAUUUUUCAUAUGCAUGUUUUCUCUACUGAUGCUUUCUACUUUCUAUUAUUGAUGCGUGAACAUCGUAAGUUCGCUCCAAUGGAUCACCUUCAGUGGGGUUUAAAACGCUCAAGGACGUCAGCAGCGUUACCUUAUAAAACUCAGCCCGACUACAUCAGCGAUCUUCCUGAUGAGAUUCUUAUAAAGAUUAUCGACAAACUUCCUAUGAAAGAAGCAAUGGAUACUUCUCUUUUAUCGAAAAGGUGGAAUGGCCUGUGGAAGUGUAAGAGGACCUUUGAAUUGGUUUACAAGUGGUUCAACAGGAAUGGUAUAAAAGUAUUUCCUGUAUGGUCCAGGAUUUUUAGUGUUCUCCAAGAGCAAGAUAUUCAUUUUCUAAGUGUCUCUCUUCGAUAUGUCCAGUCUAUGUCAGCUGAAAUAGAUUUACUGUUUACAUAUGCUAGUAUGAAAAAUGUGGAAGAACUAUAUAUUGAUUUCAAUGGUACAAAUGACAACAAUAUUAGCUGCAGGAGACGUUAUCCUUCUUUCUCUCUGACUGAAUGUGAGGAAUGUAUUUGUUUAUCGUUGGUUAAACUGAGUCUUAAGUCUGUGCAACUGGAGAUGUUUCCUGCACGCUUUGUUGUUCUAAAGGAACUUUUCCUUGAGAGAGUGAAACUCAGCGCAAAUUCAGUGCAGAUUAUUACUAGUAAAUGUCCUUUACUUGUUCUGCUAUGUCUUUGCAAUUGCAAUCCCAAAACAAACCUGAGAAUUGAUAUUGCAGCCUCGUCUAAACUAAUUCAGUUGAUUAUAAGGGAGGAUGUGAUUGAGGUAUCAAACACAUCAGAGUUAUUUAUCAGAGCUGCAAAUGUAAAAGCCAUUGAGUUUGGGUUGGCCUUGCCUAGGAAAAGAUAUCACAUAGAAGGAGCGCUUGUUUGUUCUGAAGCAACAUUUAGGCUGAAUCAGAUGGAUCGAAGUCGGCAAGCAAUGAAAGUCACUGAUUUCGGAAUCAAGGGAUCAUACUCAAAUAAUUUUUUGGGGCUUCUCAAGAAAUUAAGAGCUGCUGAAGUGCUUACAUUGUGUAGCUGGUGCAUUCAGGUUAUAUCAAUAGAGCUUCUUAUCCAGUUUAGGAAUCCUGUAAGCAAUGAUCUCAAUCUUAGGCAUCUCACACUAGAGACAGGACUGGGAAGAUGGGAGUUCCUGGGAACAGCCUACCUGCUAUUGAAAUGUAAGAAACUUGAGAAUCUCGUCAUGGUCAUGGGGGAUCAGGCGGAAAUAAUUUAUGGCUGUGUGAGAACAAAGUCUCAUCAUAGGAAGUUUGACAUGAUUAUGGAGGGUUUGCCCGCCUUAAAGACGGUUGAGUUCAAAAACUUUUCUGGUAACUAUCAAUUGUGGGAAGCGGAUAACUUCAACGAGAAAGAAUUUUUUAACAAUAUGGAGAUUAGGAACCCUGGAUGUUUGCUAGUGUGGAAUAUCAAGGUUUUCGCGUACAAUCUGGAAAAGAUCAUAUAUCGUACUGCCAAAAAGCAAUUUGUGACUAAGCAAUUUGAAAGGUUUCGAUUACCAAAGAACUUUGAGUUCCCUGAUUGUCUUGCUUGGGGUCAUGUAUGAAGCUAACCGAGGCUAGGACUCAAAUGUUCCUUGAUUGUUCUGUUGGACCAAAUAAUUUUAUGCUUAAUUUUCGUUAUGUUAUACAGGGAUAGAUUCUUCGACUAGUACAUUAUAAUCGAUGAAUCUUUUCUUUAUUCUUCGACUAGUACAUUUUUGUCGAUGGAUAUCCGUUUUUAAAUUUUCUUGAAUUGGUUAUGUUGGCCGAAGACUGGCGGCUCUUUUGACCUGAGCAUCAUGUUUAAUUGAUGAAAUUGUUGAAACUCGGUUUAUAAUAAUUCUGGUUGUUUUAUGUUAUCUAAUAUUACUAUUCUCUUUUAAAAAAUUUCUGUUAAAAAGUUUUUUAGUAAUGUGAAAUGUAUGGAAUUUAUUACACUGCUAAUUUGUGAAACUGGGUGUGCAGGAAGUAAACAAUAGUUGAAACUAAAAGUCACCUAAUUUAGGGUGUUUUAUUAAUGAUUGAUCAUCAUUAGGUGAUUGGUGUGAUUGAUUUGACUAGGUGAUUUUAGUUUGACCAACUGAUUUUGAACAUGUUGUAAUUUGUUCAAAAAUAAUCGUGUUUCAAUCAGCUAAUUUACCAAAUACUAACAUUAGAUAUUUUGACCAUUUAACUAUUAUGUGUCCAUUUAAACUAAAAUUUUCUAAUAAGUCAUUUACCAAA